AGAGACGCGGUGUCGCUGCUCCGAACGGACAGAAUGGGCGUGGCCGCGCACCUGUUGGGCUGCGAGGACACGUGACUCGGCAGGAAUUUGAUUUGGAUCUUGACCCUGUUGAACAGAAACCUCUGAAUUAAGAAAAGGAUGUCUGUACCCGCAAAUUCGCCGGCUACGUCCUUCCCAGCCGCUACAAUUUCUUUGCCUACGGGACCUGAGGUGCUGAGAACGUACUCGGGGGCUCUCGUCUGCUUAGAAAUAGUCUUCGGAGGUCUGGUAUGGAUUCUUGUGGCCUCUUCCAAUGUCCCUGUGCCUCUGUUACAAGGCUGGGUUAUGUUUGUGUCCGUAACCAUGUUUACCUUUUCCACUGCAUACCUCCUUGUCUUUCUCCUGGGCUUUGUUGACAGGAUCAACACUGACUGGAAUUUCCUGGAUGUAAUGUUCCACUUUACCGCACUGUUGUUCUACUUUGGAGCCUCAGUACUUGAAGCUGCAGUGACAGCUGCCUCUGGAGCAACCAGUAUAAAUUCCACGGCCACCUCUCCUUCCACUCUGAACUGUAUGGUGCUUAUGAACAACAAAAACAUAGUCACCUUUUUGAACCCUCAACAGUACAAUAUUAACAUAGCAGCUACCGUAUUUGCAUUUGUGGUAACCACUUGCUAUGCGUGCAGUAUGUUCAUGGGCUUUAGAAGAUGGAGAAUGUAGUGCUGUUGUUGGUGUUGGGAUCCUGGUUUUAAGGUUCAGGCAUGAAAGAAGUACAAUAAACUCUAUGAACAAACUGUGUUAUUAACCGUGGAGUAGAAACUUUACAGCACAGGAGAUAAACUGUGCUGAUAAAGUUUAAAAAUAUUCCAUGCAGCAUUUAGAGUAAGUACUUUACUGAGUGUCUCAAUAUUUUGGGAUUCUGCCAAGCAUUUUCAUCUUCUAUUUUUUAGUAUUUUUUCCAUGUAUAUCCAGUUCUGAAAACUUAGUUAUUUUACUAUUUAACAUUGUAAUCUUAAAAAGGCUUUUGGCCGCUUGGUCACUAUUAUUUAUGAGAUGCUUUUAUUUCUUUAGUUUCCUGAGUUUGUGGGGUUGCAUGGUAACUGUUUUGUUUGAUAGGACCUAAAAAGAAAAUCAUUAUCUGUAUUGAUUAAUACUCAGUAUUUCAUUUUUUAACAAAUAUGUAAAUUAUGCAACAUCUGUUUUUGGGAACGUAAUAAAUUGAAUUUUUUUAUUAA